AGGGAGCUCGGGAGCAGGGCUGUGCCAAGGGGACGGAGCAGGUGCCGAUGCCGGCGGCGCAGCGUUAGGAUAACGAGUGCCCUCGGUGCCAGGGGCAGCGGGAGAAGAGGGAUCGGGACAGGGAGAGGGGGGGUCCCCGGUCCCGACAGGCGGUGACAGGAGAGGGGAGAGGUCCCAGGACCAGAAUCGCGGCGUUAGGACCGGGAUAAGGGGGGGUCACGGUACCGGAGCGCAGUGUGGGGAGUGGGGAGAGGAGCCGGUACUGGAGCGUGGGAUUCAGACGGGAAGGGAGAGAGAGAUCGGGGAGCGGGGUCAGGUCCCAGUGCCGGUCCCGGGGCAGCGCCAGGAGCCGGGUGCCCGGUGCCGGUUCCGGGGCAGUGCCCGGAGGGAAAUAUUGGUGUCCGGCGCCGGUGCCCGGUACGAGGGCUUCUCCCGAGGCUCGGGCUGUGGCGGGGACACCCCGGGACCGAGGUGCAGCGCCAGACGAGGGGGUGCCGGGCCCGUGGGCACGGAAUCGUUGGCGGGGGGGCCAUCCCGGUGCCCGGGCGCUGCGCUCCGAGUGGGUGGCGGCACCGGCGGGAGGGCGCGGGGGGGGGAACAGUCGUCCCGGGCGGCCGCGGAUCCCGCAGCGACCUCGGGACCGUGGGUGUGAGAAGGAAACGGCGCCGACCCGCCCCUGGCACCGCGACCCUCUAAAAGCCCCAGGGCCGCCACACCGGGACCAUGCCCGGCCCGGCCGCCCGUGCCCCCGGCGACUGAGCGGGGCCCGCGGAGGCAGCGGGGCCCGGCGGGCGGGAUGCCCCGGUGGAGGCCGCUCGCCCUCGUCCUGCUCGGCCUCGCCGCCUGCCUGCUGGCCGCGCCGGUGCUGGGCUGCGGCCCGGGCCGGGGCCCGGUGGGGCGGCGGCGGCUGGGGCGGCGGCAGCUCUCGCCGCUGCUCUACAAGCAGUUCGUGCCCAACGUGCCCGAGCAGACGCUGGGGGCGAGCGGGAAGGCGGAGGGCAAAGUGCUGCGGGGCUCGGAGCGCUUCAGGGACCUGGUGCCCAACUACAACCCCGACAUCAUCUUCAAGGACGAGGAGAACACGGGGGCGGAUCGGCUCAUGACCGAGCGCUGCAAGGAGCGGGUGAACUCUCUGGCCAUCGCGGUGAUGAACAUGUGGCCGGGGGUGAAGCUGCGGGUGACCGAGGGCUGGGACGAGGACGGGCACCACCUCCCCGACUCGCUGCACUACGAGGGCCGGGCGCUGGACAUCACCACGUCCGACCGGGACCGCCACAAGUACGGCAUGCUGGCCCGUCUGGCCGUGGAGGCCGGCUUCGACUGGGUCUACUACGAGUCCAAGGCACACAUCCACGUCUCUGUCAAAGCAGACAACUCGCUGGCCAUCCGCACCGGCGGCUGCUUCCCCGGCCACGCCACCGUGACGCUGCAGAGCGGCGAGCGCCGGGGCCUGGCCGACCUGCGCCGGGGCGACUGGGUGCUGGGCGCCGAGCCGGGCGGGCGCCUGGUGCCCACCGAGGUGCUGCUCUUCCUCGACCGGGACCUGGGCCAGCGCGCCUCCUUCGUGGCCAUCGAGACGGCCGGCCCGGCGCGCCGGCUGCUCCUCACCCCGUCCCACCUGGUCUUCGCCGCCCGCGGGGCCGCCAACGGCUCCGCCGCCUUCCUGCCCGUCUUCGCCCGCCGCGUGCGCCCCGGCGACGCCGUGCUGGCCCACGGGGCCGGCGGGCGGGGGCUGCGCCCCGCGCGGGUGCUGAGGGUCUCGCGGGAGGACGGCGUGGGGGUCUUCGCCCCGCUCACCUCCCACGGGACCCUGCUGGUCAACGGGGUGCUGGCGUCCUGCUACGCCGUCCUGGAGAGCCACCGCUGGGCCCACCGCGCCUUCGCCCCGCUGCGCCUCUUCCACGGGCUCCUCUCGCUGCUGCCCGCCCGCGCCCAGGCGGGCAACGGGACGGUGCCCGAGGUAAAACCUCCCUGGCCCACCAGUUCGUGGAGGGGAAGUUCGUGGAGUGCUACGAGCCCACGGUGGAGAGCACCUACAACAAGGUGCUGGUGGUGGGCAAGGACGAGUUCCAGCUGCAGCUGGUGGACACGGCCGGGCAGGAUGAAUACACCAUCCUGCCCCACUCCUUCAUCAUUGGCAUCCACGGCCACAUCCUGGUGUACUCGGUGACCUCCCUGCGGAGGUGAGGGACCCCCGGGGCUGGGGAUGGGUCCCCUGGGAGGGGGGGGACCCCCAAGCUGGAGGGAAGUGUCUGGAGGUCCCCUUGCCCCCACAGCUUCCAGGUGGUGAAGACCCUCCACGACAAGCUGUACAAGAGCCGGGGGAGGACUCGGUAGGUGCUGUCCCUCGUGGGGAGGG